AUGUUACUGUUGCUUGAGUUGGUUUUUCUCCUCAUAAAUAUAUCGAAUGGAGAAAGUGAUUAUUUACAUCUUCGGGUGAUAAAUCCAUCAACACUGCCGUUUACAUAUCGCUUAAGUCCUGGUCAAAUAGGACCUCAUUUUAAUACAACAUUUACAUCUACCUCAUUAGUGCUAACAGAACCUCCUCACGCAUGUGAGCUGAUAAAUAAUGCAUAUGAAGUUAAUCGAAAUAUUGCUCUCAUAAUUCGUGGAGGUUGCAGUUUCGUCACGAAAGCUAUUAAUGCUCACGUUGCCGGUGCAGUUGCUGUGAUUGUUUAUGAUUUUAACCGCAAGGCAGUCCACACAUUUAGCAUGAUUCAGGAUGAUACUUCCAGACGAGUUCAGAUACCAUGUGCGUUUAUGAAUGGAAAAGAUGGGCAUUCAAUAACCACUGCUUUGGAUAAUUUAAACUUAACAAAAGCAUUAGUUGAUUUUCCGGUUAAUGUUACUGCAGUUCCAGUUUAUCACUUACGUUUAACUCCGUGGACAUUAUGGUGA